GAACGCCAAGAAGGAAGGGGACCUGCUGACCGCCCAGGCGCGCCUCAAGGAGGUGGAGGCUUUGCUCAACUCCAAGGAGGCGACGCUCUCCACGGCCCUGGGCGAGAAGAGGAACCUGGAGACCGAAGUGCGGGACCUGAGGGCUCAGGUGGCCAAGCUGGAGAGCGCCUUGGGGGAAGCCAAGAAGCAGCUGCAGGAUGAGAUGCUGCGCCGCGUGGAUGCUGAGAACCGGCUGCAGACCGCGUCCCGCCCCGAGGUGACCCCGCGUCUCCUGCUCUGUCCCCAGGAGCUGCGGGAGACCAAGCGCCGCCACGAGACCCGGCUGGUGGAGAUCGACAACGGGCGGCAGCAGGAGUUUGAGAGCAAGCUCUCCGAAGCCCUGCAGGAGCUGCGGAGCCAGCACGAAGCUCAGAUCCGGCUCUACAAGGAGGAACUGGAGAAGACCUACGGGGCGAAGCUGGAGAAUGCCAAGCAGUCGGCUGAGAGGAACAGCAACAUGGUGGGUGCUGCCCACGAGGAGCUGCAGCAAACUCGCAUCCGCAUCGACAACCUCUCCUCGGAAGUCAGCCAGCUGCAGAAGCAGUUGGCUGCCAAGGAGGCGAAGCUGCACGAUUUGGAGGAUAUUCUGGCCAGGGAACGUGAGACCAACCGGCGCCUGCUGUCCGAGAAGGAGCACGAGAUGGCCGAGAUGCGGGCGCGCAUGCAGCAGCAGCUGGACGAGUACCAGGAGCUGCUGGACAUCAAGCUGGCCCUGGACAUGGAGAUCAACGCCUACCGCAAGCUGCUGGAGGGCGAGGAGGAGCGGCUGAGGUUGUCCCCCAGCCCAUCUUCCCACAAAGGUGGAUCCCGGAGCCGCUUGUCCACCCUGAGCUCCUCCAAGAAGAGGAAGCUGGAGGACAGCGAGAGUCGGACCAGCUUCUCCCACCACGCCCGGACGAGCGGCCGCGUCGGCGUGGAGGAGGUGGACUUGGAGGGCAGAUUCGUCCGUCUCAGGAACAAGUCCAACGAGGACCAGGCCAUGGGCAACUGGCAGAUCAAGCGGCAGAACGGAGACGAUCCCCCCAUCACCUACCGCUUCCCCCCAAAGUUCACCCUGAAGGCUGGCCAGGUGGUCACGAUCUGGGCCUCGGGGGCUGGGGCCACCCACAGCCCCCCCAGCAACAUGGUGUGGAAAGCCCAGAGCAGCUGGGGCUGCGGGGACAGCCUGCGCACCGCCCUCAUCAACUCCAACGGGGAGGAGGUGGCCAUGCGGAAACUGGUCCGCACCGUGAUCAUCAACGAUGAAGAUGAGGAUGAGGAUGAGGAUGAGGUUAACAUGCACCACCGCCAUCACCAC